GAGCUCUUACCGACGCGUGACCGUGGUGCUUCGCCUCAAGUAAAUCAACCACAGCAGACAAGGCCAACUGGUGACGCGCGCUUUCGCACGCUGACGCCCUGAAACGCCACGAAAGUUUGCUGAGCCAUCCAUCUAGGAGAAGAGGUCAAAUCGUCAGCAUCUACCCAGAAGUAAAGCAGCAAACGAAUUAGCCAGAAUCCAUUUGCGGCUUUCCUGCUAAGAUCAACGAUGCGAUCUCUAUUCGGGAUGUUAUCCUUCGAUCAUGGCCACCUGCCCAGUUCGCUUUGAAUUCCACUGUGAAAGAGCUCCCGAGAAGCUCAAAUACAUUCACAAUAUUCCCCGCAGUCUUGUCACCGCCGAUGCCCAAGCCGCACAAGAAGACGCUGGGUAUAUCAAUCGCUUUGUGGAUGCACUACGGCCCAUCAUGAAAGAGCAUGAAGCCGCCUGUCGCGCAGCCUCAAAUACUCUAUGCGGAAAUUGUGGCUCGCCCACUGUGACAGUCUUGCAGACCCCCAUGUCUAGGCUUCACAUUGUGGAGGAUCCUUUGCUAUAUGGGCUAAUCCGGUAUGCGGGAAAGGCGAACUCGGGACAGGAAGUCUCGGAACGAGGCGUCUUCUGA